GAUUCCGCCGAAUGUAACUCAGCUGCCAAAAGAGGCCGGGCUGUGUGUAUCUCCGCUGUUCCCCGGGGACGUCCCUGUCCUCGGCCACCGGACAGGCAGGAGGUGGAAGCGUCCUGGCCCAGGUGCCUGCUGGGCCCUGGGACCUGGCUGGGGACACAGGCUCACCGCGAUCGCCGACCCCCAGGCGCCCAGGAUGAGGGGCCCGGGACCCCGCGGCUCCACCCAGCCAGAGCCUGUCCCCGGGUCCCCAGGGGGGCCCCAGAAGCACCCGCCACCAGGGACAGCGUGACCAGCCUGGCUUUGUGUGGCUCUUUGUAUUGGAGGCGGGGACUGCGGGGCGGGCGGCCGUGAGCGGGCCCCGGUGGCCAGUGCAGCGUCCACAGCCGCCGCGGACACCAGGAGGGAGCAUGGUCAAGUUCAAGGCCAUCUGUCUGGAGUACUGGCAGCUGCUCUGCCUGCAGCCCCUGCCCGGCUACCAGAGCGUCGAGGGCGAGGCCCCCAGCAGUGAGACCGGCACGUCCCUGGACAGCGCUGCGGCCUACCACCAGGGCCCGCUAGUGCCCGGGGCCAGCCUCAGCCCGGAGCACUGCGAGCUCACGCCCGGCACCUAUGGGCUGCACGCGGGGCCGCAGCGCCCACGGAGACCCCGGCUGCAGCACUCCACGUCCAUCCUGCGCAAGCAGGCCGAGGAGGACGCCAUCAAGCGCUCGCGGUCACUCUCCGAGAGCUAUGAGCUGUCCUCAGACCUGCAGGACAAGCAGGUGGAGAUGCUGGAGCGCAAGUAUGGGGGGCGCCUGGUGACCCGCCAUGCGGCGCGCACCAUCCAGACGGCCUUCCGCCAGUACCAGAUGAACAAGAACUUUGAGCGCCUGCGCAGCUCCAUGUCCGAGAGCCGCAUGUCGCGCCGCAUCGUGCUGUCCAACAUGCGGAUGCAGUUCUCCUUCGAGGGUCCCGAGAAGCUGCACAGCUCCUACUUCGAGGGCAAGCAGGUCUCGGUGACCAACGACGGCGCCCCGCUGGGGACCCUGGUGCCCGCCGAGUGCGCGGAGCUGGGGGAGCCGCCCGCCGCGCUGCCCCCCGCGGCCCCCGCCGGCGACUUCGCGGACGCCAUCACGGAGUUGGAGGACGCCUUUUCCCGGCAGGUGAAGUCGCUGGCUGAGUCCAUCGACGACGCCCUCAAUUGUCGCAGCCUGCACGCCGAGGAGGCGCCCGUGGCCGAGGUGGCCCGCGCCCGCGACAGCGAGCCGCCCCCGGCCUUGCACGGCUUAGACCCUCACAAGCUGGACGAGAUGACAGCCUCCUACAGCGACGUCACGCUCUACAUCGACGAGGAGGAGCUGUCGCCGCCCCUGCCGCUGUCGCAGGCCGGGGACCGACCGUCCAGCGCGGAGUCGGACUCGCGGCUCCGGGCGGGUGGCGCGGCCGCGGACUAUUGGGCGCUGGCGACGCCCGAGGAGCGCGCGGACGCGGAUGCGGGUGGCACGGCGUCCCUGGAGCGACCCGAGCCGCGGCUGCGCGCCGGGCGCCUGCCCCUGCUGACCAUCGAGCCGCCCAGCGACAGCUCGGCCGACCUCAGCGACCGCUCGGAGCGAGGCUCGCUGCAGAGGUCGGGCGCCUACGAGCGCGGCCGGGUCGGGCCACAGGGCAGCCCCAAGCGCAUCGCGCACGGCGUCAAGGGGACCCGCGACGAGCCCGAGCCCCGCACCCGGCCGCCGCGGCCCUUGGAGGGCCACCUGGCCAUCAAUGGCUCGGCCAACCGGCAGAGCAAGUCGGAGUCGGACUACUCGGACGGCGACAACGACAGCAUCAACAGCACGUCCAACUCCAACGACACCAUCCACUGCAGCUCCGAGUCGUCGUCGCGCGACAGCCUGCGGGAGCAGGCGCUGAGCAAGCCCUCCUACCACAAGGAGGCGCGCCACAGCUGGGACUCGCCCGCCUUCAGCCACGACGUGGUGCGCAAGAGGCACUACCGCAUCGGCCUCAACCUCUUCAACAAGAAGCCUGAGAAGGGCGUGCAGUACCUCACUGAACGCGGCUUCGUCCCCGACACCCCCGUGGGCGUGGCCCACUUCCUGCUGCAGCGCAAGGGUCUCAGCCGCCAGAUGAUCGGCGAGUUCCUGGGCAACCGGCAGAAGCAGUUCAACCGCGACGUGCUCGACUGCGUGGUGGACGAGAUGGACUUCUCUGCCAUGGAGCUGGACGAGGCCCUCAGGAAGUUCCAGGCCCACAUCCGGGUCCAGGGCGAGGCCCAGAAAGUGGAGCGGCUCAUCGAGGCCUUCAGCCAGCGGUACUGCAUCUGCAACCCCGGGGUGGUGCGCCAGUUCCGGAACCCGGACACCAUCUUCAUCCUGGCCUUCGCCAUCAUCCUGCUCAACACGGACAUGUACAGCCCCAACGUCAAGCCUGAGCGCAAGAUGAAGCUCGAGGACUUCGUCAAGAACCUGCGAGGAGUGGACGACGGUGAGGACAUCCCCCGGGAGAUGCUGAUCGGCAUCUACGAGCGCAUCCGGAAGCGGGAGCUCAAGACCAACGAGGACCACGUGUCCCAGGUGCAGAAGGUGGAGAAGCUCAUCGUGGGGAAGAAGCCGAUCGGAUCCCUGCACCACGGGCUGGGCUGCGUGCUGUCCCUGCCCCACCGGCGGCUGGUGUGCUACUGCAGGCUCUUCGAGGUCCCCGACCCCAGCAAGCCCCAGAAGCUGGGCCUGCACCAGAGGGAGAUCUUCCUCUUCAACGACCUGCUGGUGGUCACCAAGAUCUUCCAGAAGAAGAAGAACUCGGUGACGUACAGCUUCCGACAGUCCUUCUCCCUGUGCGGCCUGCAGGUCCUGCUCUUCGAGAACCAGUACUACCCCAACGGCAUCCGGCUCACGUCGGCUGUCCCCGGGGCGGACAUCAAAGUGCUCAUCAACUUCAACGCGCCCAACCCCCAGGACCGGAAGAAGUUCACCGAUGACCUGCGGGAGUCGGUGGCCGAGGUGCAGGAGAUGGAGAAACACCGCAUCGAAUCGGAGCUGGAGAAGCAGAAGGGCGUCGUGCGGCCCAGCAUGUCCCAGUGCUCCAGCCUCAAGAAGGAGCCGGGCAACGGGGCGCUGGGCAGGGCCUGCUUGGACGACAGCUACGCCGGCGGGGAGGGCCUCAAGCGCAGCGCCCUCAGCAGCUCCCUGCGCGACCUCUCGGAAGCGGGGAAGCGAGGGCGCCGCAGCAGUGCAGGAUCGCUAGAGAGCAAUCUGGAAGGGUCCGUCAUUAGCAGCCCGCACCUGCGCCGGAGACCGCCCGCCCGCGAGGGCCCGCCGCGCGCGCCCGCGCCCGCGCCCGCCUCGCUGCUGGGCUCGCUGUUCGGCAGCCGCCGCGGGAAGCCCCCGCCCCCCGGCCCCGGCGGCCCGGCCCCGGCGCCCCCCGAGGGCCACCACGCGCAGCACUGCCACCUGCCGCCCAACCCGCCGCCCUACCACCACCACCACCACUUCCACCCGCCCGCGCACCUGCCGCACGCGCACGCCUUCCACCUGGGCGCGCACGCCGGCCACGCCCCCUACGCGGCGCAUGCGCACGGCCACCCGCCGCUGCCCGCCGGCCACGCGCACGCCGGCCACGCCCACCCGGGCCACCACCACGGGCAGCCGCCCGCCCCGCCGCCGCCCGGAGGCAGCAAGGCCAAGGCCAGCGGCAUCAGCACGGUCGUGUAGGCGGCCGGCGGGGACCUCGACGGACCGGCCUCGGCUGCGUCCCCCGCCGCAGCCCAGGGCGGGCCGAGCAGGCGGGACCCCGCCCCGGCCCCGCGCCCGCGCACGCGCACGCGGCGUCCCCGCCGGGCGACGAGGACCAGGGAGCGGACCCCGUGGGCAGCCGGAGGACCGUCCCCGGCUCGCCGCGUCGCGCCUGUCGCCGGCCAGGGCGAGACGCUAGGUAGGCCUGAGCGGGCGGCGACAGUCCGCACGUAGACGUCACGUAGUAUAAACCUAUAAAUAGACGCGACACCGCAUCCCGCUGUACAGGUAGCUGCGACACCGCCCCAGCCCCACCCGCCAGGAAGGGCGCCCGGGGCCCGUGUGACAGGUGACAGUGGCCGGCACCCGCUCGGCCCGAGGAAGGAGUCCCCGGGUUGUGGCCCGCCCGGGCACAGCGUCACCGACUGGGCCGGGUGACAGUCCUGGGUGAGCCCCGCCCGCUCCGGGCGACCCUUUUAUGGACAGAGCGCCCCGCAGGCCCAGCGCGCUGUCACCCGGGAAGCGACAGGCACACGCAGUCCCCUCAGGAGCCGGUGUCCCUGGCCUCCGCCCCUCAGUCCCCCGGACGCUGUCGCCGGCCGCCGGAGCUGGACCUGAGCGCGGCGUCUCCUCCAAGCACAGCCCCCGCUCCUCCAGGUCCCCACGGGGCGCCCCGAGAACCGCCGCCCGCCCCCUGUCCCGUCCCGGAUGUCACCGGCCGCCGUGGAGGUGCCCCGAGCACCUGCAGCAGGGCGACUUGUGUCGUGGCCAUUGUGACUCCAUGUGCUCCUUACACCCCCAUGUCACCACUGAGGCCGCCCCAGACCCCCGCUGCCACCUGGUCCCCAGCCAAGGGGUGUCCCCACCUGACCCUGCUCUUGUUGCUUCUGUUUGGUGGUGACACCUCGGUCCCUGCCAGGGCCGCGCCUGAGUCACCCGCGGCCUCCUUUCCAGUUUGCAGCCCUGAGCCUGGGGACAGCGGGCCACCCAGGGCCAUCGGCUGUUUCCUUUCCUGUGCCCCUGUUGUGUCACUGAGGUCACCCACUGCGCCAUCCCGUGCCCCCUCUGCCAUGUCAUUGAGGUCACCCACUGCGCCACCCGGUCUGCAAAAGGAGCACUGUGUGGUCCCUGUGGCCGAAUCCCGCAGACAGGGCCCCGUGUCACGGCUCCAAGCCACUGUUGUGACGGGAAAGUGACAUGGGAUUGCAUGUCCUCGGUGCGUGGCUCUGUGUUGCACAUCUGCAGAACCUGCCCGUGCAUCUGUUGACAAAUGGCCCCGGGUGACAACAUUAGAUGUCAGCUUUUCUCCACCAUCUUUCCCAACCAAGGGUCGAGUCAAAGGGCACCUUUUAGAUUGUUCCAGAAAGAGACAUGGCAGGGCCUUCCUGGGGCCACGUGGACGCCCAGCCUCGGCCUCCCGCAGUGUCCCCUGUGCUGGGCCCACACUGUGGCGCCGGGAUGGGCCUGGUGACGGCUCCUGAGAAAGCGCAGCCUCUGGUCCUGACCCCUGGGGCUCCAGUGUCACCCAUGUUUUCUCAGAUGUUUCUGGAAGGGUGUCACCGGGUUCAGGAUGGGGGUCCCAAUUCUCAGACCUGGCUUGGGGAGCGUGAGCCACCAGCAAGCUGCUGUCCCCAUGUCACAUUCACGAGGCUGUGGGUCCCCACCUGUCACCCAGCCAUGGCAUCGUGUCCCCUGAGGUGGGAGCAGGUGGCAGACCUGGUGCAGCCAUGUCAUCUCUCUUCACUGUCAUAUUGGGGACACACGUGGGACUCGAGUCAAGCGAGCGGAGCAAGACCCCUCGGGGACACAGCUGGUCACGUCACACAAAAAGACAAUCUGGGACGACGAUGGGAUCAUGGAUUUGUAUAUUUUUUUUAAAGUUUCCACACGAGCUGUACAGCCAUGUAAAAUAAAGCCAUCGAAUACCCGC